AUGCGACUGUUUACACACAACAUCCUAACGUCGCGUGUGCUGAAGUCCGUUAAAGUGGGCUAUCCUCUUGCCAUAAAGGCAACGAAAGUGGAAAUCACACCCGCUGAGUUCGAGGCUUCACAAACUGCCAAAUUCAUCCCCAAAAUUGAGUGGAAAGUUCUCAAGAGUGCGGCAGAGCAGAUUGGGGCUAACCAUGUGGGUCAACUCCCAGACGAAGUUCCAAGCGAAUACGAGACUAACGAAGAGUUCCUUCGGCUAGCUCACAAAGCCCUUCUUGAACUGGACGUCGUAGAGGGCGCCCUAGUCUGCCCAGAGACCGGUCGCGAAUUUCCCAUUUCCGCUGGAAUCCCCAACAUGCUUGUGAAUGAGGGUGAAUAA